AUGGAUCAGCGCUCGCAGCUCCCGCCCAAUGCGAACUCAUCCUCUGCACCUUCGACAUUGCCAACCAUGCACGUCAUGCAUCCUGUAUCGUCUUCCUCCACCUUCUCCGACCUUGCACCUGGCUCGCUAGCAGAGCCCACGGUCGCGACGCCAAUCUCCUCGCCCGCAGCGGCGGAUCCGACAAACAAUGUCUCGGGAGACCGCUUGUUCUCAUGGAGUGACAUUACCUAUGAUGUCCUUCUCUCGAAAGCACGUCGCAAGCAGAUCAAGAAGAACAGAGGAGCUCCGUCUACCUCUGCGGCACCCACAAGCGAAAAAGCGGCCGUCAUAGGCACCGCCACGGAUGCAGAACACGGCACAGCUUCCCCGUCAGGCAGCCUCGAUGAAGAGGCGCUCGAAGAAUACAACCAAGUGUUUCCCCACCUCCCGCCUCUCGACCCAAUGCGACGACGUGUGCUCAACGGUGUCAGCGGUCACGUCAAGAAAGGUGAAAUGGUCGCUAUCCUCGGCGCCUCUGGUGCUGGUAAGACCUCUCUCCUCUCAGUUCUUUCCGCCCGUCUCGACAAGUCGUCCGACAUUGCUGGAGAGGUGCUCUUCCAAUCCAAACAACGCGAUCCCACCACAUGGAAACGACUCACCGGAUUUGUCGAACAAGACGAUCUCAUGUUUUCCGCACUCACCGUCCAAGAGACUCUCCAAUACUCUGCCGACCUCCGACUGCCCAAACGCCUCUACAACAAGAGCGAGUGUCAGCAACGUGUUGAUGAUACCAUUGCCAUGCUUCGACUCGACAAGUGCAAAGAUACACGCAUCGGCGGUCCCAACCAACGUGGUGUUUCGGGAGGUGAGCGCAAACGCGUCGCUGUAGGCACCGAGCUCGUCGCUGAUGUCAGCGUGCUGUUGCUCGACGAACCCACUUCCGGCCUGGACGCUUUUGCCGCACUCAACCUCGUCAAGAACCUCAAGGAGAUCACUCGCGAACGCGAUCUGUACACGCUCAUGACCAUCCACCAACCGUCGUGGAACAUAUUUAAGCAUUUUGACAAGGUCAUCCUCCUCACGCGUGGUCAGGUUUAUUACUCGGGCCCGCCGGCUUUGGCUCCUGCGUGGUUCUCUUCGCUCGACCACAGUGUCCCCGAGGGAGUCAACCCUGCCGACUAUUACAUCACCAUUGCUGAAAACUACGAAAAGACAAACGCCGCAGAGAGGCGUGUUCGCGGCUUGCUCUCCUCUUGGCGCGAGCAGGGCGAGACCUUCGUAGCGAAUCAGGCUGCAAAAGAGGCAAGCGAUGGCGAUCCUACCAUUCAACGACCUAGCCUGGCAGAUCGCAAGCAGUCGCGUAUCGUGCCCAAAAGUAGCGACGCAACUGACCUCACUGGGACAUGGCCUAACUCGUGGCUACACGAGCUUUGGAUCCUCUCACACCGCUGUGCUAUGCUCAUCUUCAAAGACCCGACCAUCGCGAUCGCUUCCUUUGGUCAAAACAUCGUCCUGCUCAUCAUCAUCGGUUUCGCCUUCUUCCGGUUGAGCUACGAUCAAGGUGGUGCACUAGCCCGCAUCGGUGCCCUGUUCAUCAUCCCCGUCAACGCGUCCUUCGCCGUCCUCUUCCCCAUCCUCGCCAUCUUCCCCCUGCAGCGCAACAUCAUGCUCCGUGAACGAUCGGCAGGAACCUAUCGAAUCUCCUCCUUCUACCUGUCCAAAAUCCUCACCGAAGUCCCGAACCAGGUCGUCCAACGGCUGCUGUUCUACAUCUGCGUCUACUGGAUGGUCGGCUUGCGCCAGACAGCAGGAGCCUUCUUCAUCUGGCUCGGCAUCAACCUGCUCCAAGUCGCGACCGCCAUCGGCCUGGGACUCGUCAUCGGCUGCGGGUCAUCCUCCAUCGAACUCGCCAACGUCUUUGCACCCGUCAUCAACGUCGUCUUCCUGCUCUUCGGCGGAAACCUCCUCCCGCUAUCGUCGAUCCCUCCAUGGUUCAUCUGGUUGCACUGGAUGUCUCCCAUCACCUACACCUACUCGGCGCUGGCGCAGAACGAGUUCAAACAGCUCACCUUCACCUGCACCGCCGACUCCCAGCAGUGCUACAGGUCCGGCCAGGACGUUCUCAACCAGUACGAUUUGCAGCGCUUCACCAUCGCAGAGAAUGCCGGGUUCUUGGCCGCCAUCACCGCAGUUUUCUUGGCAGUCGGGUAUGUUCUCUUGAGAUGGUUGGGCAGACCGAGCUUCCGAUACGUACAGCCAAAGAAGGCGCUUUCCCAGCAGUAG